GUCAUAUACACCAUCCUUUAUAGUGAUGCUACAGAACACCGAGGAAUGGAUAAAAACAUUGGCGAACAGCUCAAUAAAGCUUAUGAAGCCUUCCGACAAGCAUGCAUGGAUAGAGAUUCUGCAGUAAAAGAAUUACAGCAGAAGACUGAGAACUAUGAACAGAGAAUACGUGAGCAACAGGAACAGCUGUCACUUCAACAAACUAUUAUUGACAAGCUAAAAUCACAGUUACUUCUUGUGAAUUCCAGUCGAGAUAAUAGUUAUGGCUAUGUUCCCCUGCUUGAAGACAGUGAAACAAGGAAGAAUAAUCUGACUCUUGAUCAGCCACACGAUAAAGUGAAAUCAGGAAUACCAAGAGAAAAACAAUUAAAGGUAAGAAGACAAGAGGUUUCUUCUAGAAAAGAAGCUUCACCAGGGAGUCUUGGCAUUCCUUUAUCCCCUGAAAGGGAUUAUAUAGUGAAGACAUUCUGGGAUCUGAAAGAAGAAAUUCAUAGAAUACGCAUGCUAGCAAAAGCACAAAAAGAGCAUUUAAGCAAAUUUAAUGUACCAGACACUGUAACUGAAACACAAUGCUCUGUGCCUAUACAGUGUACAGAUAAAACAGAUAAGCAAGAAGCACUAUUUAAGCCUCAGGCUAAAGAUGAUAUAAAUAGAGAUGCACCAUGCAUCACAUCUGUCACACCAAGAGGACUGGGCCGAGAUGAGGAAGACACCUCUUUUGAAUCACUUUCUAAAUUCAAUGUCAAGUUUCCACCUAUGGACAGUGACUCCACUUUCUUACACAGCACUCCAGAGAGACCAAAAGUUCUUGAUCCUGCCACUUCUGAGGCAGUAUGCCAGGACAAAUUUAAUAUGGAGCUCAGAAAUAACCCAGGAAACUUCGUUAAGACAGAAGAAACUUUAUUUGAAAAUCAGGGAAUUGACCCCAUAGCUUCAGCUAUACAAAACCUUAAAACAACUGACAAAACAGAACCUUCAAAUCUUGUAAACACUUGUAUCAGGACAACUCUGGAUAAAGCUCCGUGUUUGCCACCUGGAAAUCAUAAUGCGUUAUAUGUAAAUACAUUCCCACUUCAGGACCCGUCUGACGCACCUUUUCCCUCGUUUGAUUCCUCAGGAAGAGCUAUCCGAGGACCACAGCAGCCUGUUUGGAAGCCCUAUCCUAAUCAAGACAGUGACUUAUUGGUACUCAGUGGUACAGACUCAGAACUGAAUAUACCUCGAGUAUGUGAAUUCUGUCAAGCAGUUUUCCCACCAUCCAUUACAUCUCGGGGGGAUUUCCUCCGGCAUCUUAAUUCACACUUUAAUGGGGAGACUUAAGACACAUUUAAAAACAGACAUAUCAAGUGCUAGGCAAUGAUUUUGGGUUUGUAAUACUAUAAAUACUUGAUUGUAAACUUAGUUCAAGAAUGUUUAUAGAAAAAAUCAGUGCUACAGUUUUGAAAUUUUUUCUAAACUUAAUUUUAUAACUUUCUUUUAUCAUCUUUUAAAAGAUUCUGUACACAUCUGUAAUUCAUUGCAUUCAUGUUUAGAGUGUUGUUAUCAUAAUUCAAAAUUAUAUAUGUAACUUAUAAAGUUGUAUAAUCAUAAUUCAAGUUUGUUUCAGAUAUCUAAGCUUACUGCUUGGAUUUCUAGUUAAGUCAGUUGCAUCUGGUAAUGUUAAAUGUUUAUAGGGUUUUUUAAAAUUUUGUUUUCAUUUAAAAAUUUAGAUUAUUUAUGAUAAAGGUGAUACUUUUUUUAAUAAACCUAUAAUAAAGAAUAGUAGACAACAUAAAUAUCUAAUAAGUAAAUGCCAAACCUAACACAUUUGUUGGCCAAUGAUAAGAUCACUAGUAAAAUUAAAUACUUUGGAUUGUUUUAUCAGUAAUAUUUGUGGUUUUAAUUUUUACUUCUGUGUAUAGCUACAU